AUGGAUCUAUUUUGUACGUGUGAUUCUGGAUAUACUGGAGAUGGAUUCAACUGCACGGGUGGUUCCUACAUCUGCACAUGUGAUUCUGGAUAUCGUGGAGAUGGAUUUAAGUGCAAUGAUAUAAAUGAAUGCCAAACAGAUUUCCCAUGUCAUUCCAAUGCGACUUGCAAUAACACAGAUGGUUCUUACAUUUGCACAUGUGAUUCUGGUUAUAAUGGCGAUGGGUUUAAUUGUACUGAUAUAAAUGAAUGCCAAACAUAUCUCCUUUGUCAUUACAAUGCUACGUGCAAUAACACAGAUGGCUCUUACAUUUGCACAUGUGAUUCUGGUUAUAGUGGCGAUGGAUUUAAUUGUACUGAUGUUGACGAAUGCAUAACAUCUCCCCCAUGUCAUUCCAAUGCUACGUGCAAUAACACAGAUGGAUCUUAUCUUUGCAAAUGUGAUCCUGGCUAUAGUGGAGAUGGGUUAAACUGCACUGACAUAAACGAAUGCCAAACAAACUUCCUAUGUCAUUCCAAUGCUACGUGCAAUAACACAGAUGGGUCUUAUAUCUGCACAUGUGAUUUUGGAUAUAGCGGAGAUGGAUUUAACUGCACAGACAUCAAUGAGUGCCAGACAAAUUUCCCAUGUCAUUCCAAUGCAACGUGCAACAACACAGAUGGAUCUUACUUCUGUGAAUGUUUUCCCGGUUAUAGUGGAAAUGGCUUCAACUGCAAUGAUGUAAACGAGUGCCACAACAAUUUCUCUUGUCAUCCCAAUGCAACUUGCAAUAAUACAGAUGGAUCAUACAUUUGUAAAUGUGACACUGGCCAUAGCGGAAAUGGAUUCAACUGCACCGGUAAGGAUAUUAGUUUAUUAGUUUAA